AUGAGUCGUGAUCUUUUUUUACGCAUCAAUGCUGCAGUAGUCUCCCACGAUGAUUAUUUUGUCCAAAAGAGAGAUGCUAGUGGGAGGCUUGGAUUGUCUUCCCUUCAAAAGAUGACUGUAGCAAUUAGGAUGCUAGCAUAUGGGGUCACCGCAGAUCUAAUGGAUGAGUACAUCAAAAUUGGAGAAAGUACGGCACGACAAAGCAUGAAGAAAUUUGUUAAGGCAAUUGUCUCAAUUUUUGGCAAUGAGUAUUUGAGAUCUCCAAACAGUAGUGAUAUAGUGAGGUUACUAGAUGCCGGACAAAGAUGUGGAUUCCCAGGUAUGUUGGGUAGCAUUGAUUGUAUGCACUGGAAAUGGAAGAAUUUUCCUACUGCAUGGAAAGGUAUGUAUUCUGGUCAUGUGAAUGAACCAACUAUUAUUUUGGAGGCUAUUGCAUCUUAUGAUCUUUGGAUAUGGCAUACUUUUUUUGGUUUGCCUAGAUCGCAUAACGAUAUCAAUGUACUUGAUCGUUCUUCUAUUUUUGCUACGUUGGCCGAAGGUCGUGCUCCUACGUGCAAUUACACAAUCAAUGGUCAUGAAUAUACAAUGGGAUAUUAUCUUGCAGAUGGUAUAUAUCCUUCGUGGGUAACAUUCGUGAAAACAAUUCCAUGUCCUCAGGGAAAUAAGAAAAAACACUUUGCCGCUUGCCAGGAGUCUACUCGGAAAGAUGUGGAGCGUGCAUUCAGAGUACUCCAAGGUAGAUUUGCAAUUGUGUGUGGACCUGCGAGGUUUUUUUGUCUUGAAGUACUAAAAUACAUUAUGUACGCAUGCAUUAUCUUACAUAAUAUGAUCGUUGAAGAUGAGCGGCAUCUAUAUCUCGGGGCUGAUCAAUUCAUUUAUGAACAAACGGAAGAGACUCCAGAUGAGCCAAUUUCACGUGAUAAUAUACCUGAAUUCAUAGAGUUCAUUGCACAACAUCAUCGAAUUAGAGAUAGAGGCACUCAUGGUCAACUCUAG